CAGUCACACUUUCCUCUUCCUCUCCGCCAUGUCAACAAUUCUCAGGCAGGCAGCCAGCGCUGCUCGUAUUGUGUCGCGUACCCGCGCUUUUUCGUCGACCGUCGCUUCCCGCAAAGACCUCGUCCAGGACUUAUAUCUCAAGGAACUGAAGAGCUACAAGCCAGCGCCUGUCGCCAAAGAUGCCCAUGUCGGCGUAGUCAAGACGUACUCGACCCCAGCGGCACCGCAACCACCCACCCUUCCCGCUGACAUCGCCUCCGAAUUGGCUGCAUACGAUGCGUCCGAACCAACUUUGGCUGAAGUAGAGGUUGCUGUUGCAAGCGAGUCGGCAGACACUACCAGCGGUGCGGAUGCGUACCUCAGUUUCCUCGAGGCGGACCUUCCCAAGCCAGAAGUGCACCACCAUUAGACGGAAUACGCCUGAUUGUAAUUUAAAAAAAUACAACACAUGCCGCCAAGCUGAACGUGAACGUUGAACCAGACUUGUCUUCCAAGAGCCUCAUCAAUGGUUUUCUCAGUGGUACCCCCGUGUUCGUUUAAACUCCUAAUAUGUUCUCCUCUA